UUUAUCGGAAAUUCUUGAAAAUUCGAUAAUACUCGUUUCAAUCGUAAUUUUUCAAAGAAUCUAUUCAUAUCAAUAAUAUCGAACUAUCACCUCCAAAUUUUUCCACUUAUCACCUAAGACAAAAGCUUGCAUGAUCAAUAGAGAUUCUACAACAGCAUCGUUGAUUAUUAUUAUUUGAUACGAACGUGGCUGACGCUAUUGAUCAUUAUAAUACUGGGAAAUACCCACACUGGCGAAAGUAGUUUAUCGCUGAUCGAGGUAGCAAGAUACAAAGAGUUCUAGGUUUUCCGAGAGAUAUAAAAGCCGAAGGGACUAUCGUAAAUUUGUCAGUAGCGUUUGAAAUUUCCUGGUGUCGAAAGGUUAUUUUUCAGAAGGAAUAUAGUGUAAAAAUAGUGAAAAUAAUUAAUAUGUCGUACAGCAUCAACAUCAUUUUUAUAAUUCUGAUAGCCCUGCAGUUACAAAGUAUCGAAUGUAAUCCUAUCGAUAAUAAAAAAGAUCUAAGUAGAGUUCAACGAAACAUACUAUUUCUUGGGCCAAAUUCAAGGGAAUGGUCAGACUAUCAUCGUUCUUGGAACUUUCCUCAUUUUCCGUCCAUCAGUUAUUUCUUCAAGGACAAUGACGACAAUGACGAUGAUGAGGACACACCCGACACAAAUGAAAGGCUCGAUGAAUUAGAAAAGACUCAGAAAGAAAUUCUUAUACUUUUGAAGAAAUUGAGCGAUGAUUUAUUGACUGUAAAGGAUCAAGUAUCCCAGCAACAAUUGAAUGAAUAUGAAGAAACUUCUUCGAUCGUGAAUGAAAUAAAAACGACUAGUUUUCCAAGCAGCGAGAUAACAAUCACCACAGAAAGAUUAGAAAUAGAAUCUGUUCCAUUAACAACUAGCAGCACGUUGGAAAAAACAACAGAUAUGGAAACUAUGGAAACAGAUUUUCCAUCAGCAAUCGGUAACACGUUCUUGAUUGAUCCACCUGCUUCUGAAACGGUCACCUUGAUGGAAACUCAGCAUAAAGAAAUUCCAUCGAUUUCAUUAAAAACUGAACCUCAAACAAUAAAAAAAAAUGAAGUAGAUUCUAACAUUAGAAUGAAAGGAAUAUCUAUCGAUUCAGUCGACCAAGAUAAUUCUAUGCCUGACAUACUUUUUCCUACAUCUUCUUCGUCUCUUGACGAUGAGGACACUCAGACUGUUUAAAGGUACAAAAACGUUCAUAUAUUAUGAAAUAACAACUCGUAAAAAAUAAUGUAUAGGUUGACAGUGAUCGACCUUAAUUUUGUGUAUAAAAAAGAAAAAAAAACAAACAAAGAAAGGAAACCAUGAAAAAUUUUAAGUUAAUAUAAUAUUAAAACACGAGAAAAAAAAUAUGCUUGAGUAUGCAUUUUUUCACUGUUAUCGUAUAUUCUUUCGAAACGAUGACUAAUUAAGCACGAAGUCUUUAAGAUAAU